AUGGGCGCGCCGCGGCGACGGCUGCUGCUGCUGGCGCUGGCGGCCCUGUGGGCCGCGGCGGCGCUCGCGCGGCGGCCGGGCCCUCGGCGCCGCUACACCCCGGACUGGCGGAGCCUGGACGCCCGGCCGCUGCCGGCCUGGUUCGACGAGGCCAAGUUCGGGGUGUUCGUGCACUGGGGCGUGUUCUCCGUGCCGGCCUGGGGCAGCGAGUGGUUCUGGUGGCACUGGAAGGGCGAGGCGUCGCCGCAGUACGAGCGGUUCGUGAGCGACAACUACCCGCCCGGCUUCAGCUACGCCGACUUCGGGCCGCAGUUCUCGGCGCGCUUCUUCGACGCCGACCACUGGGCCGACCUCUUCCAGGCCGCCGGCGCCCGGUAUGUUGUCCUGACAACAAAGCAUCACGAAGGCUUCACGAACUGGCCAAGUCCCGUGUCUUGGAACUGGAACUCUAUGGACCUGGGACCCCAUCGUGACUUGGUUGGUGAAUUGGGAGCCGCCAUCCGGAAGAGGCACAUACGCUAUGGACUCUAUCACUCACUCCUGGAAUGGUUUCAUCCACUCUACCUACUUGAUAAGAAGAAUAACUGCAAAACUCAGCAUUUUGUCAGUGCAAAAACAAUGCCAGAGCUAUAUGACCUUGUUAACAGGUACAAACCUGACUUGAUUUGGUCUGAUGGAGAGUGGGAGUGUCCAGAUUCUUAUUGGAACUCUACUGAGUUUCUUUCUUGGCUCUACAAUGAUAGUCCAGUAAAGGACGAGGUAGUAGUGAAUGACCGAUGGGGCCAGAACUGUUCCUGCCACCACGGAGGAUACUACAACUGUCAAGACAAAUUCAAGCCGCAGACCUUGCCGGAUCACAAGUGGGAGAUGUGCACCAGCAUAGACAAGCUGUCCUGGGGCUACCGUCGCAACAUGGUGAUAUCCAACAUUGCCAGUGACGUGGAGAUCAUUUCAGAACUGGUCCAGACAGUCAGUUUGGGAGGCAACUAUCUUCUCAACAUUGGACCAACUAAAGAUGGACUGAUUGUUCCUAUCUUCCAAGAAAGGCUUCUUGCCGUCGGGAAGUGGUUGAACAUCAAUGGGGAGGCCAUCUAUGCCUCUAAACCGUGGCGGGUGCAGUUAGAGAAGAACACGACAACUGUCUGGUAUACCUCAAAAGAAUCUGUUGUUUAUGCCAUUUUCCUCCACUGGCCAGAAAAUGGAAUCUUAAGACUUGAGACCCCCAAAACUACCUCAACUACGCAGAUAACAAUGCUGGGAAUCCAGAAAGAUCUGAAGUGGUCCACAGAUCCCACUGAAGGGCUCCUCAUUAAUCUGCCCCAGGUGCCACCCUAUGCUCUCCCAGUUGCAUUUGCUUGGACUAUAAAGCUGGCAGAUGUGAUGUGAUCAUUGGAGUUCAAGAGGAGAGGACACCACCUGCUGUUGGCUGCUUUAUUUUCCUCUUAUAGCACCAUCAUUGUAAUAAACCACUCUUCUCUACCCAGCGAUGGCUUUCCUGGCACGUUUUAAUCAAGGAACUGAGUACACUAUACUGAGGUCUCAGUGGAUCUCAGAUCUGAGGUCCAUUGCUAGCAUCUCUCUCUCUCUCUGAUCAUCAGAAGGAAUUAAACAGUUAAAAGCUCUGAGUUAGUCCAUUCCUAACUUUGGAAAUUAUCGACAGUGGAAACCUCCUUUCAUUCUCUGAUAACCCGCCUGCAUAUGCAAUGACUUCAGAUAAAGAAUAAGCCGGUUCACCCUGUUGCCUAUGGGAGAGUUGAAAAGGGUUUAGCAAGCUCAGCCACAUGAUAUUUGUUCAGGAUCAGUUGUCACCAACAUUCCCCAAAUCUCCCAAGGAGCAGGAGAGUCUGGAGGGGAGGAAAGCCUUCCCAGGCUACCAAUGAUAAACUUUUCUAAAGUUUUCGCAGCAAACGAAAACCUCUGAAAUCUAGUCUGUUUACAGUGAUACUACUAAGAAAAUGAGUGUGAUUCUGACCUCUUUAAAAUAUAAUCAAAUAAAUUUUGUAUGUCAAAUCAUUUCUACCAGAAAGCAUGUUGUUUUCUUCUCUUGGUUUCUAUAUGGACUGCUUAUAGCUUUAAUGUGUCUUUCUUUUUGUAAGGCCUACCACAUCUCCUUCUAUAGAACAAAGAACGUAAUUCCUUUAGUUUUUCUGCUCCUCACUUCCAGUACCAUUCUACUGAAUUGUCUAUCAGUUCAGCCUCUUUAACUGUUAUAGAUUUAAUCAAGUUUUUGUUUCUUUUCAUUUAAUAGAUAUCUUUAGAAAUCUUUACCUAACAAUUAGGAGUAUGUUUUUCUCAAGCAUAUUUGGAACAUUUACAAAUGUAAAUACCAAAGAAACAGUAUCAUAGGCUAUAUGUAUGUCUGCAACAUAAUUAAAGGAUCAUAGUCUUUAGAGAGUACUCUGGGAAGAUAGUGGCAAGGAAGCCAGGAAUCUCUCUCAAAACUAAACAAUUAUAUGGGCCUCCCCUGGUG